UACUACGAGUUUGCAUUUUCAUUCGGCGUAGUAUUUACACGCCAAAGUCACAUUUGGCGUAUAUAUGGUACGCAAAACCCUCCCGUUAAACUUCCAUUGAUAGAAAAUGCGUAUGUAUUGCACGCAGAAAUUUAUUAUAGUCAACGUCAUCAUCAUCGUCCCGCCCCUUCAAUCGAACGAAGAUUCACGAUUUCAUCUCGUGCAGGAACCACCCACUCCCGCUUGGAAACCAAUCAAAUGUUUGAACAUUUUUUAGCGCCAUCAUCAAUGUCCCGCCUCCUCAUCGUGCGACCUCGUGCAUCAUCAUCAAAGUCGUCAAUCAUCAGAAUACCCAAAAUGUCCACAGGCUCUUUAGAAGCAGCACUUGUUCUUCGAGAUGUGUUUCUUGAUCAGAUACAGAAAGAAGAAAAAAAGCAAGCCAAGAGGUCUAAGCCACAUCCUACGACUGUGAAGUGGAGGCAAAGGGACAGAAAUGGGAAUGUUAUACGGCCGCUUCGAAAAAAAACCUCAAUAAAACAAAAACUGAAAAGAAAGGCUCCUAACCACGGUCCCACCAGUGUGCCCAUCCAAGAGGAAUUUGUUUAUCGAGCAGAAACUGCCUCACUCAUUGAAGAAUUGGAGCAUAUCCUUAAUGACGAAUGUGUUCAGCCUGAAGAGGUGUCUUUGGCAACAUCCUGGCAAAAGAGGCAAUCCCUAAGCCAUGAAAGAUGGCACAUUGCAAGGGAGGCCAUGGUUAAGAAUCUUUUGGCAGCUGAAUAUGUUCAGGAACGCAUCUGCCAACACUGUCUUACUGCAGAGGCCAUUGUACGGUGCAGGGACUGUCUACCUAGGCAGUUUCUAUGCACCGUGUGUGAUGGAGAUGUUCAUCAGCACCUACCUCUCCAUAACAGAGACUCUAUGGCCCAUGGGUUCUUCAAGCCAUUGUGUCCAACCACUGCAGUGAAGAGACAUUCCGAGGCCAUUGAGUUCUCUGAACAGGUUCGAUAUCUUCCACUACUUUUGCCAGAGAAAAUUUGUGCCUGUUCAGAAAGUUCCUGCAGGUUGAUCAGUGGCAAGCCCAUUAUUGUAAUAAAUUUUAAUGGACGGUACAAUCUCACCCUUCCAUCACUGGAGACCUCAUGCUGUGGGAAAACAUGGUCAGUGGGGCUCAGUGAUCUCCUCAAGUCUGGGUACUGGCCAGCCUCUAUACAUUUUGAGACCGUGUAUGAGGCUGGCCUUUUUAGGUCUUUUCUGGAUUUAAAACUUUUUGCUCCAGGUCUUUCACGUCAAGCGUUCCUUGGAAUGCUUGACCGGAGAACAGAGUACAAUGGCAGGAGUGGUAAAAUAUGUGGAGACACAUUCCAGAAAGCCUUGCUGGAGUGGACCUUUGCCCAGCAUGAGGUUGAGAGGCUUUGUGGUGUACAGCCAUUUAAAUGUCCUGCUUGCAGUCCUUCCAUGCAUGCCAUCUCAGUGGAUGGUAACAGGAAGCUGUACAGGUUCCAUAAUGCACAUGGGUAUGUUUUUUUUCUUUAUUUUUUUAUUGUACUACUUAACUGUCUAUAUCAUGUUUCUCUUUCCCAAUAAAAUUAAGCACAGAGAAGGGCUACUUCGAUGGGACAUUUAUAAUGAAGGAUGAAGAUGUUUCAUCCUUUGUGGGAUAUGUUCAUGAAAAGACCAAGCAUGCCACAGGUAAAGGGGUGUGUGGCUCUUCUCAAUGGACAGCAGCCAAGGAGUCUGCAAAAAAGUCGACAUCAAAGAUUGAUGAGGAAGGCCUUGAGAUUGCUGUGUGCCGACAUGGAGGACUUUUAAAAGGCCUAAAUAUGUUCAGAGGGGAAAUAUUUGCUUAUCCCCUGUUCCUUCAAAACACCCUCUCAAAAGAAAAUGUGUCAUUCUUCUGCUCAGAUGUCGCCUGCAAGUACUGGCCAUACUUAAAGAGAGUGGUGGGACACUGUCCAGAGCUAAGGCCUUUAUUAAAUAUGCGCCCACUAUUAUCAGUUAUGCAUGCCAAAGCACAUGAGUGGAGUUGUGAGAUAAAAUGGUCUGGAAGAAACCAAGAGGGAGCUGGUCUUACAAUUGGAGAAGAGGUGGAGCAAGUCAACUCCUUCUUGUCGAGAGCUGCAAUUUGCACUAAAUACAUGUCCAAAGCUGCACGUUCAGACAUGCUCACUGUUCUUGCUUCUGCAUGGAACAAACGGAAGUCUGAAAAUCUGGCCAAAUGUUUGUCUCAAAGAUACAUUAAGACAACCGAAAGGCUGAAAGUGGAAAGAGAGAGCUUUGAAAGUCUGCAGGCUGAGCUUAAUGUCAGUGAUGAUGACAUUCAGCAGUGGGUCAGUGAUGUCCAGCAGUGGGCCACAGUAUCAAGUGCAAAGGAGGACACUGGACUUGAGGGCAGAAUUCGAGGCCUUUAUGUCAGCAUAAAGCUGAGAAAAAUGAAUCUAUACCGUCAGACAGAUAGCAACAAGAGAAGGCACAAAAUAAGGAGGAAAAUUAAUGAAGACAAGUCAACCUUGGCAGCUGCCAUUAAGGACUUCAAUGAACAGUCAGUCCACCAGCUUCCUUCCGUGGAUGAACUGCUCACAGCUGAUCAUUUCCAAUGGCCAUGGGAAUGCCCUGACACUAGUAAUGGCAACCUCUCAACUAAGAAGAUGGUCUUUGACCGGUUCAUGAUGCUUUCCCGACUGAAGGAGGAGGAGCAGAUCAUAGUGACGGAGGUGAAGCAACACUGGCGAUCAUUGAAGGAAGCUGAAUGUUCCCUGAGGGAUCUCUCAGUUCAAAUACAAACUAACAACAGUGACUUUGAGCUUUCAGAGGAGAGUGCCAAUGGACUACUGUGCCUUCUCAAGAGAAAACUGGAAGACCUUCAGUUUCUGCAAAAUAAUGCUAGGAUGUUAUACCGACAAUGUGUUCUGGGACAGGCUUCGGACAGCAUUCUAUUUGAUAACAUUUCCGAUGAAGAAACUGAGGCAAUAAACUACAGCUCUGAUGAAACAGACAGUGAUGAGGACUAAACCUGAGUAUAUAGAAUAGACAGAUACUGAAGAACUAUUUUAAUAAGCUGUAUUUCUUUUUUUUUUUUUUUCACUGUGAGAAACAUUUUAGCAUAUUAACAGAAUCUAUUUAAUAUUUUCCCAUCCUAAUGGAAAUGAGAUUAAGGUUCAGCAGUACAAGUUUUGACUAUUAUUUUUGAAUCUUUAAAUGUGUAUGUAAGACAGGUGUUUCACUCCACGCAUUUUUAUAGUCUUAUAAACAGCCAUACAACCUCCAUCCCUAUUAAUUAUAUUCUAUUAUUUCCAUUUUCCUUAGCUCUCAUGGGAUCAUACAGUGUAUAUCUGUGAGGGGUGUUUUGCAGUGUGUACAUAUCUUAUAUUGAUAGAAAGUAUAUAAGGAUACAUAACGUUUUCACCUAAUAAUUUUUUUUCCUUACUGUAAGCAAAAUAAAAUACUUGUACAGUGAUCUACAAAAA